AUGGAAGCAACCAAUGAGAGAGAGACUAGUGUGUUGGACAUCACUGUGACGUCAAGUGAUGAUUAUUUUGAGUCAGGUGAUGUCUGUAUAGAGGUGUCUGUCUGUCAGUGUUAACUCAGGAUAUAUACCACCAUUACCGUGCUGUCAGCACUCGAGACAGAGACCAGAACACACUCAAGUGUCAGCAUAUACGUCAGGAGACUUCAGUACCAGAAGUUGGCUGAUUUUCAGGAAUUUCUGGGGUCGAAUUUGCACAAGCAACAUAGUGAUAAUGAAAGUGAAAAAGAUGUCAGCAGCUUUAGGACUUCUUGUCCUAGUAUUGUUCGUAGGAGCUGCGAGAGCUGCUUGGGGUACAAGCGGUGAAAGUAUUUUGUUGAAAGAUGUAGAGGUGCUCACCUUGUAUAAUGGCAAGAUGACGACAGGAAGACGGUCAUCACCGGUACCACAACUGCAGUGUGUUAAAGGGGGAACAGCGCCAUGUGAUGCCUUCAUUCCCCGGGUAGUGCAGUGCUACAAUCGGGGAUGGGAUGGAGUUGAUGUACAGUGGGAGUGCAAGACUGACAUGGAUAAUGCAUUUAGGUUUGGUGAAAUUGAAGUCUCUUGUGAGGGCUACAGUAACAGAGACGAUCCCUUUGUUCUAAAGGGGUCAUGUGGUUUGAGAUACUCCAUAGACUACACAAAGGAGGGACUCCAUCAGAAGCAAGGUCAUCACAAUUAUUAUGGUGAUGAAAGUGGAUACAGUCAUCAUGCUUAUGGAAACUCUUAUUCCACCUACAAAACUGAGAAAUCAUCAAAUGCAAGCUACAUUGCUGAUUUUAUUGUGCUAGUUGCUGUGGCUCUGAUGUGUUGGGUUUUAUACAAAACAUGUUUUGGAUCUUCACGCCAUGUUGGCCAGGAUGCUCAUAGUAACACAAACGAUGAUUACCCAUCAGGUGGUGGUGGUGGUGGCUAUGGAUGGUUUGGGGGUGCUGGAGGUUCACAUCCUUCAGCACCACCUCCUCCAGAGUACACAGAUGGUGCUUCCUGUAGGAACCGCACUGCUGGAAAUGCAAGAGGGUUUGGUGGCGCUGGAGGUUUCUGGACUGGCGCUGCUACUGGUGGCUUAGUUGGCUACAUGUUUGGUAACAGUGGCAGAAACCACAACAGAGGUUAUGGUCAACCUAGUUCAUGGGGUUGGGGAGGUGGUGGAGGAGGUUUCUCUGGUGGCCACCAUAGUGGUGGUGGUGGUGGUGGUGGUGGUUCCACAGGAACUCGUGGAGCAUCAGGUUUUGGGGGUACUAGUCGCCGGUAAAAAUGUACUUGCAUCACAUUUACAUUUUGUAUUGUGAGAAUGUAUGUUGUAAAUGAUUAUUGUAAUUAACCUUAUAAUGGACCUCAGUUUACAUUGUAUUUUGCUUCAUGGUUGUAUUUAUUGUAUCUAUUUUUUUACAGCAAAAUUAUUUGGUGAUACUAUUGUAGCAAAUUUAGGCUGCAUAUCUAUUUACCACCUCACAAGGUUUUUCAAUCAAACUAAAAGGAGAAAUCUGAUUGCUCUUAAUGUUUAAUUUUUUUAGUUUAUAUCCCUUAAAUAUUUUCUUUUUGACUUGGUGGCCAUCUGCCAAGGCAGGGUGACACAAAGAAGAAAAUGCCUUUUCCAGCAUUCACUCAACUGCCAUCUGUUCAGAAGUGUCCUGACAUCACAGUCAAAUAACCCUCCUACUACAACAUCCCCAGCCCUCCAGAGUGCAGGCACUUUCUCUUCCAUCUCCAGGAUUCAAGUCUGGCUAAUCAGUUUCCCUGAAUCCCUUCGUAAAUUACCCUGCUCACACUCCAACAGCACAUUAAUUAGAAACCACUGUUCCCCCAUGCACAUCAGUCUAGCAUGCUCAGACAAGCCUGCUGGAUUUUCAAGUGCUAAUUUAUUUAAUGAUUUACUUGUCUAAUUAAAUCCAGUGACAUCACAGGGAUCUAAAUUUUCUUUUAUUUUAAAUACUGAAAUUCAGUUAGAACUAAAGUUUGGUUGACAAUGCUUUUAAACAUAUUGUCUUUCCAGGAUUGCCUAAUGUAAUUUGCUAAUCAUAUUGAUCAUCAGUAAUUGUAUUUUUGAAGUAGAGUAUAUUUAAGGUUCGCGCAAGAGCACACUACUAUUCAUUAUACUCGAAGUGUUAAAAUUCACUCAACUGUAUACAAUAUUAUUAAUAAUUGCAGGGUUAUUUUUAAAGGGUAAAAUUAUAUAUACAAGUAAUCUUGUAUUUAUAUACAGGCUAUCAUCACUGACAUAUGAUAUUUUAUGCACGAUUUGAUUUUUUGUUACAAAUUUCUGGGAGUUCUGACAUCAUGGUCAGAUGACUCUCCUACUGCAAUAUUUCCCCCCCUCCUCCAAAGUUUAUAUUUAUACAUUACUGUAUUUUUCUUCUUUCAACAAACCAGCCAUGUUCCACCAAGGCAGGGUGGCCCAAAAGAAAAACAAAAAUUUCUCUUUUUAACUUUAGUAAUGUACACAGGAGAAGGGGUUACUAGCCCCUUGCUCCUGGUAUUUUGGUUGCCUCUUAUGACAUGCAUGGAUUACGGAGGAAGAAUUCUGUUUCACUUCCCCAUGGAGAAGUACUGUAUUAUUAUUAUUAUUAUUAUUAUUAUUAUUAUUAUUAUUAUUAUUAUUAUUAUUAUUAUAUUAUUAUUAUUAUCAUUAUUAUUAUUUUUUUUUUUAACAAGUCGGCCAUCUCCCAAAGAGGCAGGGUGACCCAAAAGGAAAGAAAAUCCCCAAAAGAAAAUACUUUCAUCAUCAUUCAACACUUUCACCUCACACAUAAUCACUGUUUUUGCAGAGGUGCUCAGAAUACAACAGUUUAGAAGUAUAUACGUAUAAAGAUACACAACAUAUCCCUCCAAACUGCCAAUAUCCCAAACCCCUCCCAUUUCCAGGACUCGAGUCCGGCUGUAUAAAAUAACCAGUUUCCCUGAAUCCCUUCACUAAAUAUUACCCUGCUCACACUCCAACAGCUCGUCAGAUCCCAAAUACCAUUCGUCUUCAUUCACUCCUAUCUAACAUGCUCACGCAUGCUUGCUGGAAGUCCAAGCCCCUCGCCCACAAAAGCUCCUUUACCCCCUCCCUCCAACCUUUUCGAGGACGACCCCUACCCCACCUUCCUUCCCCUUCAGAUUUAUACGCGCUUCAUCUCAUUCUACUUUGAUCCAUUCUCUCUAAAUGACCAAACCACCUCAACAACCCCUCUUCAGCCCUCUGACUAAUACUUUUAUUAACUCCACACCUUCUCCUAAUUUCCACACUCCGAGUUUUCUGCAUAAUAUUUACACCACACAUUGACCAUUUCCCAUUAAGGUAGGGCAAUCACAGAAACACAUUCACCAUUCAUUCAACAGCUGUCUUGCCUGGAGUUCACAGACAUCAUAACUCAAAUGACAUUUUGAGCUUCAACUUCCCCACCCAUCCUUCAGAGUGCAGACUCUUUAUGUACUUCCCACCUUCAGGGCAAAUCAGUUUACCCUGAAUGCCAUCAUAAAUUUUACCUUGCUUAUACUCUUACAGCAUGUUAAAGCCCAAAACCCAAAUGUCUCCACUCGCCCAUCUAACAAUACUUUUAUGUGUAACAUUUCUUCUGUGGGAGACUUAGAGCCAUGAAAUCCAGGUGGAGGAACCCCCAGAACUCUGAAAAGAUGUUCUUUUUAUCAAAACAGUUAUAAUGUACAUGUGCUUAGACAUUAAUGUGUUCUUGCAGAAUCCUUUUGAUUGUUUUGUAUGGACAGUAUAGCAUCAGUAAAAGAUAAUGUAGACUGUACUAAGAAUCACUUCACUGUUUUAUAGUGAGGAAGAAAUAUGUGCAGAGUUCUGAAAAAUGAUUAAGAAUGUC